CGCCGUUUCUUUUACUUGCGCUCGGCACGCAGGCGACGGCUGCGGCGCUCAGGUUGGGGUUCUCAUCGACGGCGUCAGCGGCUUCCCCUCCCGCCUCUCGCCAGUCGCUUCGCGCCCUCGCCUCCGGUCCUCCGCACACUGGCCGGUGACCCUGCAUAGUAUUAUCUGAUUUUCCUGGAGGCCACAUUUUAAGGACUGAGGUUACAAUGGCAGAUGCCAGCCCUAGAACAGAAACAUCAACAGAUGAUACUGACGACAAUAACGGGCUUGAACCAGGCAGAGGUGGUCUUGUUGCUUCUGACUCCAGUGACAGAUCCAAAGACAAACAUGGAGAUCAAAAGACAUUGCGUCGCCUUGCUCAAAAUCGUGAGGCUGCAAGGAAGAGCCGACUAAGGAAGAAGGCAUAUGUUCAACAGUUGGAGAAUAGCAGGCUAAAACUUACCCAACUAGAGCAAGAGCUGCAAAGAGCUCGUCAGCAGGGCAUUUUUAUAUCUAGUUCAGUUGAUCAGUCACACUCCAUGAGUGGAAAUGGGGCAUUGGCCUUUGAUAUGGAGUAUGCGAGGUGGUUGGAAGAGCACAAUCGGCAAAUUAGUGAACUAAGGGCUGGUGUCAGUGCUCAUGCAAGUGAUACUGAUCUUCGAAGUGUUGUUGAUAAGAUCAUGUCACACUAUGAUGAGAUUUUUAGGCUCAAAGGCAAUGCAGCCAAGGCAGAUGUUUUUCACGUCUUAUCUGGCAUGUGGAAGACACCGGCGGAGAGGUGUUUUUUGUGGCUAGGAGGUUUCCGACCAUCUGAGGUUUUAAAGCUUCUUUCGACACAACUUGAACCUCUCACCGAACAGCAGCUGUCAGGGAUAAGCAACCUUCAGCAAUCUUCACAGCAGGCUGAGGAUGCUCUUUCACAAGGAAUGGAGGCCCUUCAGCAAUCAUUGGCCGAAACCUUGGCUGGGUCUCUUUCGUCUUCUGGAUCAACAGGAAAUGUGGCAAACUACAUGGGUCAAAUGGCCAUGGCUAUGGGAAAACUUGGAACGCUUGAGAAUUUCCUUCGUCAGGCUGACAACCUGCGGCUGCAGACUCUACAACAGAUGCAAAGGAUCCUGACCACUAGACAGUCAGCUCGGGCGCUACUUGUGAUAAGUGAUUACUCUUCACGUCUCCGUGCCCUAAGCUCUCUCUGGCUUGCUCGGCCCAAGGAAUAGCAAGAACAUGCUAUUUGACUGCAAUACUUUUCACAAUUUGGUUUUCAAUGGUCAGGAGAUUUGACAAGGCUGCGACAGACUUGAUUCGGACAUAUCUGCACAUACUAUGACCCAAAUGGAAGGGGAUGUUCAUGUAGCUUAGGCUGCUUAGCUUUGUAGUUAAGUGUUGUUGAUGUAUCAUUACCAACUGCUGUAAAAUUCUCACUCUGUAUGCCCCUGAUUUGCAGCGAACCAUUAGAAUGCACAUUGAUGUUCACCUGUCGAUUUUUUUUGUUCACUCUUAGGAACACAUAAUGCUCUGCCCAGUAUCAUCUAACCAGGGUAUAUGGCUGAUUCACCGCACUAAAACUUGCAUAGUUGAUCAUUCAGCAUUGCUGCCAUUGUCGUUUUGUAUGUUUUCCCUCGUCAUGCGUGAGGGGGAACCGCACCAUUUACUUUGUUAAUAUAAUAUUUGUUGGUUU